AUUCCUUCUUCGGCUUUCUGUCUUUAUGUUUUGUCCUUUGCCUUACUAAUGUGUAUGUUUUUCCCUUGUAGAUUUUGUCAUGGACCGCCGUUCCAUGAUGGCUAUUGCGAAGGCCAAAGCGGCCGAGGAGAUUGCUGCUAAGGCGGCCGAAGCGGCCCGGCGUGCCGCUGCUGGUGGGAGCGGGGCUACUGCAGAUGCGGCCCCAAAGCCUGCCCCAUCCAAGAAAAAGAGACCGGCCACUGACGGCCAGAAAAAGUUGACCGAGGCCGGCGUGAGCGUCUCUAAGAAGACGAAGAGGGUUCCUUCCCCUUCUCCGGCCAGUGAGGCCGGUACGCUUGAUGUCCCCAGCAUGGGCGAUGGUGGUCCCGUUGUGGACCUUACUGUUGCUGGUGAUGCCGCCCCAGCGCUGCCUCUCGUCCAGGAACCACGGACGAAGAGGGCCGGCAAGGAGAUCGCCGGUGACACCUAUCAGAAAGUGAUAGAGUACCCCGUCGGCGGGGGCGUGUUUAAUGAGCUCGUCCCCGGCCACGUCGUCCUUGCCAAGGCCAUGCCGGCCAAAGAUCGGGCUCAUCUGAAGAAGCUCGAGGACCCGAAGAUUUAUGAGGGCGGCAUGGAUCUCCUCGUCCAAAGUGCCUUCAUGCUUAUGGAAAGCCAUAAGAGGCAGUACUGGGAGAUAGUCCGCCUGCAAGCACUGGAGCAGAAGGCUGCCUCGGCCGACGAGGCGGUAGCUUGCCUUGACCGGCUUCGGGAGGAUGCCAAGGCGCUGCAGGCCAAAGCUGAUGAGGCCGUCGCGGCCAGGGACGUUGCCCUGGUCCAGCUCGAAGAGAGCAAAAGGGAGCUCGCAGAGUCCCGUAGAGCGCUUGAGGCCGAGAAGCGCAGGAGCGAGGAGGCCGCCAAGGCGAAAGCUGAGGCCGAGGCCGCCGUCGUGAGGGCUGCCGAUGAGGCUGUUGAGAAGUUCUUGGCCGAAGGGUGGAAGGCCGAUGAGAGGCUCCCCUGGUGCUACGAGGUGGUGGCCGCCAGGCUGGAGAAUUGGGGGAUGAACUCCCCUGCCGGCCGGGAGUAUUUCAGCCAGGAGAUGUCUGUUUACUACAACCUGGGCCAGGAGCGGAUGCAAAGG